CAUUUAUACGCAGAGCUAUUUAGUUUAAGCGGGAAAGAAUAAAAUUAAAAGCAAAGACAAUGUCUGUUAACUUCGAACUCUUUUUACCGAUGCUCGCGGCAGCUAACGGAAGCUUUAAUACUAGCGUGACGUAUUUCCUGCUGCCAGUUUUCACCGUGUACCUUCUUGUUGGUUGUUCUUUCUCCGUGGUCCGGAGUGGCAGCAGGCGCGCACUAUGCAGCGGGAGGUGCGGCUCACCAAGGACGGCGCCGAGCUUGGCGGCGCACCGCUGUACGCCGACAAGCCGUCGACCUGCAACGAGGCGGCGAGUGCGGCCGCUGCCCGCCCACCGCGAAGGGAGGAGCUCUUCUGCAUCGAGUCUGGUGUUCAGAUUUUCUAUGUCUCCGGCGGAGGAGGAGUUGAGGAACCACCUGAGUCCACAGAUCUCCAUGUGUACCGCUUGCUGGGCAGACAGGAUGCCAUAUAUGCUGAUAAAGCCCCAUUUCCGCGGCUACAAGUGGGCACAUGGAUUUACCCUUUGGUUCCGAAGCAGUUCCGGGUCCUGAGGUCAGGCUAUGGAGCCUAUCUUUUUCCCAACAUUGAUGCACCUUUGAAAGAAUCUGGGGCUUUUAUGGGAGUCCUGCUUCCUCCUGACUUGCCAUACGAGACGAUCUCGCUUUUUGAGUCUCUCAUGGAAGAGCUGACUGCUAUGAAGAUUGAGGCCCUGACUGACCCAAGCGUCCUCCCAGAUUCCAUGAUGAGCCGGUUCCUUCGGUCUGCCUCCUUCAGCCAGCAGGUGUCUGAGAGCAUGGUAGCAGGUUCAGAGGCUCUGUCCGAUGGCUUGAUCAAGGGUGCCGUGGUGACCGGUGAGGUUCUCAAAAUGGGCGCAGCAUGGCUCAAGCAGUACCUCAAGCCAGAAGAGCAGCCCGUGAUAGUGGACCCCAGUGUGAAGCAAGGACUCGAGCUCUUGCGCACCGUCACGGGGUCCGUGCGCACUGUCACAGAAUGCGUCGCCGACAAGGUGGGUGAGCUGGCGGUGACAGUGGCACAGAUGGUGGCCACGAAUGUGCCCCGUGACACCUGCGUGGCUGGCACACCAGAAGUGCCUUCUACAAGCAUGGACAAAGUGCAGAGCGCAAUCACCAUUGCCAGGGGAGGUAUACAAGGUUUGUCCACUGUGUAUGUUGGCUUGGAAAAUGCAGCCAAGAUCUUGGCUACCAGCCUUGCCAAUGAGACAGUUGAGGUUAUUGGCCACAAGUACGGAGCAGACGCUGCACAAGUGGUGGACAAUGCUAUGAACUCCGUCACCAAUGUCACGAUGGCCACAACCGCAGUCCGUGGUUUAGGGUUAAAACGGAUUGCGAAACGCACUGCAAAAGAGACAGGAAAAGCAAUUCUUCAGGAAUAUGAGCAGCCUGGAGGCGCAAGAAAAUUUUCCGUGGUACACGGAUGACGUACUCAUCUUCGCUUCCGCUGCGACCUAGAAGCUCCUGUACCUGUGUUGCGGCCUGAUCGACUGCAAGCUUGUCGGCGCUGUGCAUUCGUGAAAUAUUCACGCUAGGCAUAGCUUCGAAACGAACCGCUUACUCGUGUUUUUCUUUUCACUGGUGCUCUACGCAGCUGUAAACGCU